AUGUCUUCCUACGUGAUCUCCGGAGUCUCUCGCGGGCUCGGCUUCGAGUUUGUCCGCCAGCUCUCUGCCAGCCCAGCCAACUCCGUCUUUGGCCUGGUCCGUGACAAGACGGCCGUCGAGGCCAAGGUUGCCGCCGAGCUUGGACGAACCAACAUCACCAUCAUCCAAGCCGACACUACCAACGCGGCUGAAUUGGAGAAAGCCGCCCAGAUCGUCUCGGAGAAGACAAAUGGAACUCUUGACUACCUCAUCGCCAAUGCCGCACUUCAAGCCAAGACUGCCUUGGUCGGCUUUGAUGUUCUUGCCCAGGAUCCGACAGCUCUCGAAGAGGAUCUGAUUGAACAUUUCCGAGUCAACACCGUUGGCCCUAUCCACCUGUUCAAUGCUUUCAUGCCACUGAUCUUGAAUGGCCACGCAAAGAAAGUCAUUGCCAUCUCCACCGGCGCAGCAGACACAGAGAUGACCCUCAAGCCCGAGAUGUAUCAAGCCACUGCCUACUCAAUCACCAAGGCAGCUCUGAACAUGGCAGUGGCCAAGUUCAGCGCUGUCUACCGGAGGGAAGGCGUACUUGUCAUGGCCAUUUGCCCUGGCGCAGUGGCUACCGGUGGUUUGCAGAUUGAAACCGAGGAGGACGGAAAACUCGCCAUGGAAAUGUUCGCAAGGUUCAAAGAAUAUUCACCCACUUUCCAGGGACCAGAGCCCGUAGAAGACAGCGCCAGGUCCGUCUUGGCUCUCAUGAACAAGGCUACCGUUGACGAUGGAUAUGCCGGCGCUUUUCUCUCCCACACAGAGAAAAAGCCAUAUCUUUAG